AUGACCUCCUUCUCCACUCUUCUUCUUCUCUCCGUUUGUGCCGUCGGUGGAGCACUCGCUGUUAUGGGUAUGUAUGCCUACUUUUUCGCUUCUAUUAUGAGCCAGAUUAGAAGCAGAGCGCGAGCGGUACAAUUCGUACUUUGGCGUACAAAAUUGAGCAAAAAAAAACCAAAUUUACAGAGCACUCGUCGUACUACCCGGGCGGUCACUCGACGAGCUACUACUCGCCGUACCAGAUGCACACGUACGGCUCGAAAUACUACAAUAGCGAGUCGUACGGCAAGUACGACGAGCACGGCAACAACAACAACAACAACGGAAACAACAAGUACGAGCCGAGCUACUACAAUCCGGCCGCCACGUACUAUCACUCGUACAUGCCCAAGUAUCACGGCGGGCAGAACGACUAUUACACCAAGUACAAUCAGUACACGCCGUAUUACGGUGGCAGCGGACACGGGCACUAUUACGAGCAGCCAAAGCAUGACGGUGAAUUAUAGAAACAAAUUACAUUUUCCCCCAUUUUUUUACACAAUUGUUUUGCAGACUAUCACAGCGGACACCACUUCGACAUGCGCAAGUGA